AUGGCGGGUGUGAUUAAUGGACCCCUCUCAGCGGCCUCCUCGGAUGGCUUCCAGGGUCGCAAACGCAACGUGACCAUUGCGGGAAUAGACAGUUCCCCAGGUAGUAUCGAGGACGCGGAGGAUAACGAUGCGCGCGAUGACAAAAGGCGACAGCCUGUAAAGCGCGCUUGUAAUGAAUGUCGCCAACAAAAACUCCGAUGUGAUGUUUCUCAAGAUCCCUGGGUAGACUGUACCAGGUGUCGCCGACUGAAUCUCGCCUGUAAGAUCGAGUCGAAUUUUAAACGAGUUGGAAAGAGGAGCCGCAAUGCAGAAAUGGAACGAGAGAUCAUUCAACUGCGAAAACAAGUCGCUUCGGCCAAUUCUGGCGCAAUAAUACACCCACAGCAACCAUUAGAAGCAGGGCAAUUGACACCCAAACGGGAAUCGACUCAGGUUAGCCCAACGGGCGUCUACCAGACACCGACAGCCAUCUCUUCAGACCAAUUUUUGGGCUCUCAGGAAGCGGUCGCAUCACUUUUGGACUUGCGCUCAGGAUUUGAUGGUGCCAACUAUAUGAGAAAUGGGAACCACCAAUUCAAACGUAUUGAAGAUGUCAUGCUCAUCCCAGAAAAGGUGACAGAAUUGUUUAAUUUGUUCUUCACAUACUACCACCCCUUUCUUCCUUUCCUAAACAGACAACAAACCCCGGAUGAGCAUUUCAACGCCUCGCCCCUGCUGUUCUGGACAAUAAUCAGUGUAGGCGCUCGACGUUACCAAAGCGAUCCAGCUUUACUGAAUUCCCUUUCGGGACCUGUCACUCGUUUGGUCUGGAGUACUCUGGCAGAUAUUCCACAAAGUUAUCAUGUCGUCAAGGCUCUCUGUCUUUUGUGUUCGUGGCCCUUCCCCAUAAGUAGCACCUCAACAGAUCCCACUUUCAUGCUUUGUGGGAUGAUGGUACAGGUCGCCAUGCAGCUUGGUCUCCAUCGGCCUUCACACAGUCAGGACUUUAGCAAAUUCCGCGUGGAGCUUAUUGAAGAAGAGCUGCGGGACAAGGUACGAACCUGGGCUAUUUGCAAUAUCGUUGCUCAGCGGGUUUCAACUGGCUAUGGCCAACCUCCAUCAACUCUUUACGACUGGACACUUUCAUCGAGCGACUCCUUGGACCAGAACUUCAAGCUACCUGAGGACAUUAAACCUAGGCUGGAGAUUGAGAAAUUCUGUGACAAGAUCACCAGGGCGCUCUAUACUAACCGACGAGACCCCGUAGGGUUGACCAGUGAUCGAGAGAGGGAGGCCAUGAUUUCGUUCUUCUCACGAGACUUUGACGAGCUUGAAGUGGAGCUCAAAAUACAAAAUGAUUUUAUCACCGGUUUAUAUCUCCGUGCUGCGAAACUUCACCUUCAUCUGUCAGCAUUUUUCGACAAUCCUUCUACAAAAGAUUACCGUGAGCGUCUUUUAGCUUUAUAUCUUGCGACUACUUCAUUCCUCGAAGCUGCCAUGAACCUAGAGACUGAAGUUGGCCCAGUUAUAUCUUAUACACCAUACUAUAUCUACCAGAUGAUGGUUGCAGCGGGAUGCGCUCUCCUUAAACUGGGCAAAAGCUUUUUCGCUGCUCAUAUUGACUUAGAAUACGCCAGGCAUCUCUUCAAUAGAACCAUCUGGGCCAUUCGUGGCGUGUCUGUGUCGAGCAACGAUUUGCCUGAGCGCUUGGCCGAAGUGCUGGCUCAGAUGUGGAGACUUGGAGGAGCUCCUCAGCAACCAUUGGCGACGAAUGCCGAUGUUGAUGACUCUCUUAGAUUGAAGGUUCGUUGUCGUAUGAGUAUGUCUUUACUUUUUGACUCAGUAUGGCGAUGGCGGGAAGAUGCACGGACUAAGGGACGAAAUAUUGAAUCCUACCUCAAGAACCCAACCAACCCAGAUUCAGCAGCAGACUCAUCAGCUGUCUCAUCUGUUGGCCCUCAGCGUAGCUCAACAUCCACGCCCGGCAUUGUCGGUGAUCCGAGCCUUGCGCCAGCCCCAAUGCUCUCCAGUCUUGAAGUCUCACCAAGCAAUGGUGUUGGAGGACUUACAAGUGGAUUCAUGGAGCCCAACUACGAAGUUUUUGAUCCAUUGAACUGGCUGCUCGACGGUCUAGUCGACUUACCCUACUCGUACUCGACAAUGGGCGCCAUGGAGCCCCAGGGCAUCACAUAA